CGUGGCACCGGUGGAGGUUUCUUUGCACCACGAAGCAAAAUUGGGUGCAGUAUGCUGAGCUGCUGAGCCGGGGAAUAGACGCUGAAAGGAGCCUGCAAAGAAAAAGGAUUUUGGAGGAAAAAAAACCCAAACCAAACCCUCUUUCAGCUGCACAUAAGCACUGCCUGCCACCGAGAGCCGUGCCGGGGAGUAGGAAUUGCCUGUUUAUGGUGAUUGAUCUGCGCAGCCCCUGGGAUGCUCAGGAAACGGCUUAAGGAGAGAAGAAUCCCGGGAGGAGGAGGAGGUGGAGGUUCCCCUUUGAAAACGCACGGGCUAAUAGAAAACAUCCUGUAGAUUGUCAGUGUGUCAGGAGACAUUAACCAGAUCCCGAGGACAGCAGCAUCACCCUGAGAUGAGCCCACCACCAGGGCUCCCUGCCCCGGGACCAUGAAGAGCCAUCUCCCGGCUUAACAGGAAGAUUUUUGUGGUGGUUUUUAUUUUUUUAUUUUUUUUUCUCUGAACCUCGUGGAAUUUCAUGUGACAGCGGAGCUGCUUCCCGUGGUCCCCCCCCUCCGCCACCUUGCCCUUGUUGUCCCCUCGCAGCCGGGGGCCACCAUGGCGGCCAAGCAGCCCCCGCCGCUGAUGAAGAAGCACAGCCAGACCGACCUGGUGAGCCGGCUGAAGACACGCAAGAUCCUGGGGGUCGGCGGGGAGGAUGACGACGGCGAGGUCCAUCGCUCAAAGAUUAGCCAAGUGCUGGGAAAUGAAAUCAAGUUUGCUGUCCGGGAACCACUGGGGCUCAGGGUCUGGCAGCUGGUUUCCGCCGUCAUGUUUUCUGGGAUCGCCAUCAUGGCCCUUGCGUUCCCUGACCAGCUCUACGAAGCCGUCUUUGAUGAGGAAUCUGUGGGCAGCAAGACUCCCAUCCGGCUCUACGGAGGAGCCCUCCUCAGUAUCUCGCUCAUCAUGUGGAACGCGCUCUACACGGCCGAAAAGGCGAUUAUCCGCUGGAGCCUGCUGACGGAGGCGUGCUACUUCGCCGUCCAGUUCCUGGUUACCACUGUCUCCCUGGUCGAGAGCAGCCGGAUAGCCACGGGUGCCGUGCUCCUCCUCGUCAGCCGAAUCCUCUUCAUCCUCAUCAGCAUUUAUUAUUAUUACCAAGUCGGACGCCGUCCCAAGAAAGUCUAAAUCCUGGGCUUUUUGUCAU